CAACCCGGGAGCGUUUGUCCUCACAACCCGGGAGCGUUUGUCCUCACAACCCGGGAGCGUUUCUCCUCACAACCCUGAGCUCCGACUUGGCCGACUACGGAGGUAGUGUCUGCCUCAGCAUGGGUCCCAAAGCAAAAAAGUCUGGCAGUAAGAAAAAGAGAAUCACCAAAGCUGACCGGUUGAAGCAGCUACAAGAGGAGGAGGAGAAACGACAAAAGGAGGAAGAGGAAGCCCGUGUGAAAUACGAAAAAGAAGAAAUGGAAAGACUUGAAAUACAACGAACUGAGAAAGAAAAAUUGCGAAAACUUGAAGCAAAAGAUCUAGAAAGAAGAAAUGAAGAGCUUGAAGAACUUUAUUUAUUAGAGGCAUGUUUUCCUGAAGCAGAGAAAUUGAAACGAGAUAGUAGAUUGCUUUCUCAGUGGAAACACUACAUUCAAUGUGAUGGGAGUCCUGAUCCUUCAAUAUCCCAAGAAAUUAAUACUUUUAUUAGCUUGUGGAAAGAGGAAACCAAUGAGACUUUUGAGGCAGUGACUGCGAAGAGUAAACUAGUGCUAAAUUUAAUUGAGAAAUUGAAGUUAAUUUUAUUGGAAACUCCAUCAUAUGAUUUGCAAGAGAAAAAUAUAAUACAGUACCAAGGAUCAAUUCUAGAACUGCAGGAGCUCCUUCAUCUUAAGUUUAACAUAGCCACAGAAAUACUUCUCAGACAAGCUAGUACUUUAGCAGAUCUGGACAGUGGAAACAUGGAAAAAGUCAUUCGAGAUGAAAAUGUUACUCUAUAUGUAUGGGCAAACCUCAAGAAAAAUCCAAGGUACAGAAGUAUCAGAUUCUCUGAGACACAAAUUGGAUUUGAAAUUCCAAGGAUAUUAGCAACAUCUGACAUUGCUCUACGACUCCUGCAUACUCACUAUGAUCAUGUCACGCCAUUAGGCCCUGUUCCAACAGCACCACAAGAACACACGUCCACGGUAACUUACUUUGGCAAAGAUGAAGUUAAGAGUGUAGAAGCAGCAGUCAGCAAAGAUCUCCAAGAAGAGUAUAAUGAACAAGAAAAUGAGUCUAACGUAGUUCAUGAGGAAGAAACAAAAGUUGACGAACAAGGUGGUAUUGAAGGACAAACGUCCCUAGGACCUGUGAAUGUGAGCCCCACCGGCCACCAGAGACAGAGUUCUGUCCAGGAAGAACCUGAAGCCACAAAAUAUGAACUGGAGAUGAAAUUAUUAAGUGAAACAGUUUCAGCAGCGCAGUUGUUGCUGUUAGAGAAUGCCCCUGAAAAGCCAUAUUUCUCUGAAGAAAAUGAGGUUGAUUUAUGCCAAUUCACAGCUCUGGGUGGAGUGCACCACUUGGAUAUUUUGGAGCUUCCUCCACAGUGUAAACCAAGGAAGGGCUGGAUGAUUGUGGAAAUACUCAAAGAAGGAUUACAGAAGUAUACAUAUCCUCCAGAAACUGCAGAAGACUUUGAAACAGAAAACGCUUUCCCACCCAUAGAGGUCAUGCUUGAGGUUCAUGAGAACGUAAUCUUUUUUGAGAAUCCUGUGGUUGCAAGGUGGGAUGCUGAAGGUAAACACUGGAAAACUGAUGGCAUCAGCAAUGUAUCUUACAAAUCGGAAGACAGACUUAUAACGUUCAGCCUGGAAACUUUGGGCCCUGUUACCUUGAUUCAAGAUGCUCAUGUUAAUAUGCCAUACCAGUCAUGGGAGCUAAGACCACUUGAUGUGAAUAAAGUACUUCUGACUGUGACUACAGUAUUUACUGAGAUUCAAAUACAAAUUAAGGAAAACCUCUGCAUGUUAGCGUCAAUCAAACUAAAUGACAAAAAGCAUUCCUCUAUUUUGGAAGAAAAGUGGAUGACUCCUGUUUCUUUCAUUAUUGCUUUGAAAGAAGCUGGACUGAAUAUCUUCCCUACUGGACACUCUCACUUUUAUGUUGUCAUAAACUAUAAGCUUCCUUUGGUAGAAGUGAAAGCUUAUCGACAAAUGGCCCUGCUAAGUUCUGCUUUUGCGUUUGGUUGGAGCAAGUGGAAUACAGUAUGUGAUUCUAAAAAAGUUUUAUUUCAGGUGAGGGAACACCUUCCUAAAGAAGAACCCAUUCAAAAUCCUAAUUGGACCCUUUUGAUGUUUAGUGGUGAUAGGGCACAAAGUCUCAAAAUCAAUGAAUCCAGUGAUGCAUUCUCUGAAGCCCUUAAAGAAGAAACUGAGUUUCAUUCUACUUUAUAUCACAUGGUUAAGGAUUUUGCUUCUAAAGAAGCAAUGAAGAAAGUUAGGUGUUCCAACUGCCAGUUUGUUGACUCUGUAUGCCACAUGCUACUCUCAACUAGAUUACUCAGCUAUUCUUAAUCCCUACUGAUAAAUUUUAUUCAGUAUGAAGAAUGAAGCAACUUGGAGAAAAAUCCGGUAUUUCUACAAUAAAGUGUAAUGAGUGAAUAUAUGUCAAAUAGGCUGUUAAAAUGAUCUAAUCAGCAUUUUAUACUCAAAUUUCAUUUUCUAAGAAUUAGGGUUUUUUUCCUUAUGCAUACAUGACCUACUGAGACUUCCAACGUUCACUGUAUGAAAAUUUGAAUGGUUCUUUAUUUCAAUAAAUUUUAACAAACAAUAAUAUCUCCUCCUCAAAAAGCUCAUUAAAAAAUCAUAUAGGCGGGCUUCCUCCCCAUUGUAUUUUAGUUAGGAAGGUAAUCACAAAAAGAGGGAAUAUAAAAUAUCUUACAGUCAUUCUGAGAACCUCUGGUUCCAUGCUAUAAUUUCCCAGCUAAAAGUUACUAAUUUACAAAGUUCAGAUACUGAAACUUUAAAAAUCAAGAUUAGCAUUAGCACAUUAGGAUGUGCUGCAGUCACACUGGCGGUGGCCCAUUGUGUUGGAGUCUGGUAAAUGGCCACAAGAUAUGUUCUAGAGACGUCCAGGAGUCCCCAUCCUGUGUGGGAGCAGCAUCCACAGACUUCUGGAAAAAUCGGCCUGUGAAGAAGCUCAUCAAUGCCGCAAAUAGUACAAUGAACGCGACAGAAAGCCAGAGUGCCUUAUUGGCCUCUCUGAUGGAAGUCUUGAGAUUUGUUGCCCAGGAAGCUAUUGUGUUAUAACUACAAGGAAAACACAAAAUCAGCAUGUGGUAAUCACAAUAAUCUGUUAUUAGAAACAGUCCUUUUGUCAACAAUAAUCAAGUCAUGCAUCUGCCCUGCGUAAUUUCACCAACACCUCCUCAUAAUAAGCUACAUAGUAUGAUCUAGCCUCUUGGCUUUGGCCACAAUCUGCUCCCCCCACCCCUUAUAAUUUUUAGAAUUAAAGAAAUGAUGUGCUAAGGUAAGAAUCUGAAAAUUAUGUGAUUUAGGCAUUAUUUAACUCCUAACAAGUACAUUUGAGUAUUAAGUUCAUUUUUUCAAUCAGGUAAGGCAAUUUAUAUUCCUGGGGUAGAAAAAAUAAUGUUAUUUAUUGGGUAGAGCAGGAUAUAUGUACUUAUAAACAUGUCACUUAUUUCUCACCAUACCCUGGACUUUUGCUGUACUGAAAUGCUAAAAUUCCUUUUAGAAACACCCACCAAAAAAGCUUAUUACAGCAUCAUUUAAGUCUUUGAAAAUAGUUAACUAUGUGUUUUACAUGUGCUAAUUCAUUUACUCAUGACAGCAAAGCAAUGACAUAGGUACUAUUAUCAUCUCUAUUUUAUAGAUGAAGAAAUCAGUGCUCAAAAAUGGAUGAACUUGCCCAGGUCACACAGCUAGUCAGAGAGCUAAUUCAAGCCUGGGCCAUCUGGUUCCAAGGCCAAGUUCUUAACACUGUGAACUCACCUGCCUCUUGUAGUUCAUAGGUUCAGGGAUAAUUGUUAUACACCAUAUGGAGUUUGUUAUUCAUCUUAAAUUUAACAUUUUGAAAGGUCUUUUAGUAAAGUAAUUUAAGAUUAAUACUGCUAACCCUGCCUUACCUUUCCCCAUUCCACCAAAAUGGUAUCAUUUAGCAAGUAGACAACUUACAUUGAAAAGACAUCCCAUUUUGAUGGAUUAUUUUUCUUUUCAGAAAGACUUGGCUUUCUUGUCCUUUCUACUGUUUCUUCUUCAGGUGGUUCUGAGUCAUCUUUAGUUCUGUAAAUAAAUAUUGUUUUUAAAUAUUAAACUAUGGAUAAUAUGCUAUUAUUAUUUAUAAGAGAUGCUAAAUUUUCCUGUAUUACUAAGGAGGCUCGCAGAUAUUCGUUUUGCUUUAGAAAGAUUUGAUAAAUAGCUAAUUCUAAAAGUCAAAUCACCAACUUUAUAUUUUUAACCAUUUAUAGGAAUUUAAUUUUUUAAAGUAACUUUCUGUAUUUAGAAAAAUAGCAAAUGUUUGUUGUAGAAAGUUGGGAUGCUAGCCAAAGAACAAAUAAAAAAGGGGAGAUUUACAAAGAACAUGUGUAAGUUAGUCAAUUUUCACCACUCAUAAUUAACCAGUGUUGUUACUGUGAUUUUCCUUCUCUGCAUGUGCGUGUGUGUGUCUGUGUGUGUAUUAGUAACUACACUUUAAAAAGCAAAUGUGGAUGCUAUAUUUCUCCCUCUGUGUAUUUUUCA